AUGCUUCCUAGCGCGAAGCACCCUACCCGCGAACUGGCCCAGGGCACUCUCUUUCGGACUCACUGCGAAGGUCUUGCCACAGAGGAUCGCGUUCGACUGAGCUAUGAACGUGCAAAGGCUAUUGGGGCUGCUUAUCAACUUACAGAAAAUGAUCUGAUCACUUUAUCUCCUAAAUUUUGGGAAAUGCACACCGAUCCUAUUUGGAGUAUGGAUGGUGCUGCUGGCACGUUGAUCACGCUCCAGUACAACUGUUGUGCCGGAACGAUUGCAAUGUUCACCUCGGAACAGCCGGUGUUGCGCGACUUACUGAAGGACGUGCUAGAUUUUCGUGUCUCAGGUCAAUUUUGUUUGACAGAAGUCGGUCAUGGCCUUGAUGUAAUCCAUCUGCAAACGACCGCAACCUUACUGGAGAGCGGGGAUUUUGAGCUGGAUACGCCCAGUGAAAGCGCAGCGAAAUAUAUGCCGCCGACUGCACCUGUCGGAAUCCCAUGUCUUGCUGUAGUUUUUGCGCAGACGAUCGUGCACGGAGAAAACCACGGAAUCAAACCUUUUGUUGUUCACCUACACGACGGCAAGAAUAUGACCACAGGAGUUACUUGCAAAUUACUUCCUCCCCGUGGUGGCGCUCGCCCUGUGAACCACUCCCUCACGUACUUCCACCGGGUGCGAGUCCCACGCUGGGCUUUAAUGGGAUCCCUCGCAAAGCCUGCCGAUCCACGCGAUGCAUUUUUUCGUAAUAUCUCCAGAGUUGCUGUGGGCACCAUCGCCAUCGGAUCCCUUGGCGUCCCAGCUCUACGAGUUGCUUCCUGUAUAGCAGCUCGCUACAGCAUGCGCCGUACCGUGGUCGAUGUUGAUGGGGGAUCCAAGCCGAUAAUCGCAUUCAGGACUCAGAAGACACCGAUCAUCACCGCCCUCGCUCAAUAUUUCGUGAUGGAGGCCUUUCACAACUACGCUAUCGGAGUAUUCUGCAACGUCACUGUGGAUGCCAGGGUACGACAUGCCAUCGGCUCUAUCCUCAAGGUCGUCAUGAUUCAGCAUGCACAAACUGCCCACCUCACGCUAGGCGAUCGAUGCGGAGCACAAGGUCUCUUCGAGGUCAAUCAGCUGACGGCGAUGCAUGCUGACAUGCGUGGGACGGCUAUUGCUGAAGGUGAUCUUCUAGCCAUCUCGAUUCGACUUGCAACGGAACUCCUUCUCGGGCGCUACUCCGUCCCUAAGGCGUCAGAUUCGACUGCUCUGUUAUCCAGGCGCGAAACCUGUAUGUUUUCAGAGCUGCGUGGGUUGCUCUCUGAAAUACCCCAUCACCGCAGCGCGGCAUUCGAUCGUAUGAUUCUCCCAGAAUGUCUCGGUUUAGUGCAGGCCAUAGGUCAUCGUAUGGCCUACGAGGCAGCAGUAGCCGCGAACGUUGAUCAUGAUCUCAUAGAAGUUUACGUUACUAGUUGUGUGAAGCUUGAUUCUGCCUGGUAUGUGGAGAUGGCGGGUUUAUCUAGAGCCCAACAGCGCGAGAUGGAGGCAAGCGCUAUCGACUCAGUAUUUCCCAACUUGGAGAAAUAUAUCGACAUUUUGGAUGUUGAUCCUUAUAUUUCAGCACCGUUUGCCUCUGACACGCAGUGGAAGUGCUAUAUAGAUACACUUACUACAUUCCGAUCCGAUGGUGAAAAUAGGUCGUAG